AUGAAGCUCUCUAUCCUCUAUUUGCUUGGCAGCCUUUCGACAGGUAGUGCAUUCCCACAGAAUAUUUCUGUCAUUCGCGAUGAUUCAAAGUCUCGCACCCAAUCACAGACCAACCAGCAUUGCGACUGCUAUAAAGUCUCUGGCCCAGAACCAGGCUACUUCCAACACUACAAACUCUGGGACUUCCGCCAGGUCCUAAUACCCACGCUGAAAUCCGACAAGGACAAGGACAAGACACAGUGGGAAUCUGAUUCAAAUGAGCCAUUCGGUUACAAUACUCUCCUCUUCUCCGAGUCAUCCUUCACCGAUGACUGGCACGUCCAAACCUGGGCCCGAGGCAGCACGAACCAGGCACCCGUCCCCUUAGUUAACUCAGAAGAGAACGUCUUCUUCUCUCGCAACCCCCACGAUCCAGCUAUGACCUUCUUGGUACUCCAGGCCAUUCGACAGAAGGGACAUGCCUCAACGGCUGAGCUGGAGAACAGCCAUGACAAUAUCUACCACUGCUCGCUUCGAGUGCGCCUGCGGAUCAUGUCCAAGGACUCUACCAUAAAUGCGAAUACUGAAAAUAGCACCCCGCGUGUCCCUCGAGGCGCCUGCGCCGGCAUCUUCACCUACCGAUCUGAGACUUGCGAGUCGGACAUCGAGAUUUUAACCUCCGAUCCACCAAAUAUGGUUCGUUACACAAAUCAACCGAACUGGGAUCCCGCAACGGAUAGUACAAUCCCAGAGUCGCAUACCGUGGGGAAUCUGUCGGUGCCGUGGACAAGCUGGGUGACCCAUCGGCUAGACUGGUUCGAGAAUCGGACGUACUGGUACGCGGACGAUGGGUUACAAGCGAGCAAGUCGUACAAAGUUCCAGAUAAGCCAAGUUUGGUGGCACUGAAUGUAUGGAGUGAUGGUGGGCCUUGGUCAGGCGAUAUGAGGGUCGGUGACGUGGUGUAUAUGGGUAUUGAAUGGAUCGAACUUGCGUAUAAUCUUUCAAGUGGGAUUUCAAGUGGGAAGGACAGCCACAAUAAGAAUUAUGCAUGCCGUCGAUCGUGUCAGCUGAAUAGGCUGCACUAG